GUUUAGAGAGCAACGUAUUAAACUCCCACUUCCAAAAACGAAACAGAGGAUUUUAUCACAAUAACACAGAGCUAUGGCAUCCCUGAACCUCGUUCAUGGGCGCCAAUCUCUCGUUCAUUUUCCGGACUCCACCAUGUUAUUUCCAAGACCACCUUCCCAUCCCCUCUCUAAUUACAGUUUCGCCACUUCAUCUGGCUUUCAUACAGGAACCUUGGAACUUUUCUCUCCUGCCAUUUUUGUGUGUAGAAGUAGUUAUACAAGAGGAGCUCGGAGCAACCGAUCGAGAAUUAGAUCAGCAUCGGUACAGCGCGUAACUGAGGAAUUGACGGAGGAAGAAUCAAAGGAUUCUCUUAUAAGUGGAGAUUCUAUUCGUCAGCGGUUUCUUGAUUUUUAUGCUUCUCAUGGUCACAAAAUUAUUCCUAGUGCUUCUCUUGUGCCAGAUGACCCAACAGUUCUACUGACAAUUGCAGGAAUGCUUCCGUUCAAGCCAAUAUUCCUUGGGAAGAUUCCCAGACAAGUACCUUGUGCUACUACUUCACAAAGGUGUAUACGCACAAACGACGUGGAGAAUGUCGGCAGAACAACAAGACAUCAUACAUUUUUUGAAAUGCUAGGAAAUUUCUCCUUCGGAGAUUACUUUAAGAAGGAAGCUAUCCAAUGGUCAUGGGAGCUUUCCACCAAGGAAUUUGGGUUGUCACCUGGAAGAUUAUGGAUAAGUGUGUACGAGGAUGAUGAUGAAGCUUUUGAAAUAUGGCACAACGAGGUGGGUGUUCCUGUUGAACGUAUAAAAAGAAUGGGUGAAGACGACAACUUUUGGAUGAGUGGUGCUACUGGUCCCUGUGGUCCAUGCUCUGAGAUAUAUUAUGAUUUUCAUCCUGAGAGGGGAACUGCUGAUGUGGAUCUAGGGGAUGAUACUAGAUUUAUAGAGUUCUACAAUCUUGUAUUCAUGGAAUACAAUAAAAAGGAUGAUGGAACACUCGAGCCCUUAAAGCAAAAGAACAUAGAUACUGGUCUUGGCUUGGAGCGUUUGGCUCGUAUUCUGCAAAAGGUUCCAAACAACUAUGAGGCUGACUUGAUCUAUCCAAUUAUAGAGAAGGCAUCAGAAAUGGCUAAUAUCUCAUAUCUCUUGGCAGAUGAGCAAACAAAGUUGAAAUUAAAGAUUGUUGGAGAUCAUCUACGGGCUAUAGUAUAUCUUAUAUCGGAUGGUGUUUUGUCAUCAAAUAUUGGUAGAGGUUACGUGGUUCGACGGCUUAUCAGAAGGGUUGUUCGAGCUGGCAGGUCCCUCGGAAUAAAGGGGGUUGAAGGAGCAUUUUUACCUAUAAUUGCUGAAAAAGUAAUAGAAUUAAGCACCCAUAUUGAUUCAGAUGUCAAGAUUAAAGCGACCCGUAUUCUUGAGGAGCUGAAGAAGGAAGAGCUUAAUUUUGUGCAAACUCUAGAGAGAGGAGAAACUUUACUCGAAAAGAUGUUAGUGGAUGCAUUAUCAAAUGCCAAGAAAAGUGGGACUGUGCCUUGCUUAUCUGGAAAAGAUGCAUUUCUUUUGUAUGACACUUUCGGAUUUCCGGUGGAGUUAACCACAGAAAUCGCUGAAGAACAAGGCGUUACUGUAGAUAUGAAUGGUUUUGAUAUAGAGAUGGAAAACCAAAGGCGCUUAUCUCGGGCUGCACAUAAUGUUGUUAAACUUACAGUCGAAGAUGGUGCUAAUCUUACGGAUACUAUAAACGAAACUGAAUUUGUAGGAUAUGACAACCUUUCCACUCAAGCAGUAGUAGAAAGCCUCAUGGUGAAUGGGUGUCCAGUGAUACAGGUUUCUGAAGGAAAUGAUGUAGAGGUUUUGUUGAACAGAACACCAUUUUAUGCUGAAUCCGGUGGUCAAAUCGGAGACCAUGGCGUUCUAUUUGUUUCCGGAAGUGAAAAGCAACAAACAGCUGUCGUGGAGAUUAAGGAUGUCCAAAAAUCCCUAGGUGACAUAGUUGUUCAUAAGGGGACUAUCAAAAAGGGAAUUCUGGAAGUUGGCAGAGAAGUGCAAGCUGCUGUGGAUGCAAAACUGAGGCAGCGGGCGAAGGUCCAUCAUACUGCUACUCAUUUGCUACAAUCAGCGCUUAAGAAAUUAAUCAGCCCGGAAAUAUCACAAGCUGGUUCCUUAGUGGCUUUUGAUCGUCUCAGGUUUGAUUUCAACUAUGGCCAUGCCCUUACUGACACUCAGCUUGAAGAGAUUGAGCGAUUGAUCAAUGAUUGGAUUGAGGCUUCGACAUUUCUUAAAACAAAAGUGAUGCCUCUUAAGGAUGCAAAAGAAGCUGGUGCCAUUGCAAUGUUCGGGGAAAAAUAUGGCGAGCAGGUAAGAGUUGUGGAAGUACCUGGUGUAUCCAUGGAGCUUUGUGGUGGGACCCACGUCAGCAAUACGUCUGAAAUACGUGUCUUCAAAAUAAUAUCCGAGCAAGGGAUUGCAUCUGGGGUCAGGCGCAUAGAAGCUGUUGCUGGUGAAGCGUUUAUCGAAUAUAUCAAUAUCAGGGAAUCACAAAUAAAGAACCUAUGCUCGAUGCUCAAGGUGAAAGCUGAAGAAGUGAACACCAGAGUAGAAAAACUCUUAGAGGAGUUACGAACGUCCAGAAAUGAAGUUGUUGAUCUGCGUACACAAGCAGCAGUAUUUAAAGCAUUAACGAUUGCAAACAAAGCAUUUGAAGUAGGAACUUCACAAAAGAUCAGAGUGCUCGUUGAGUCCUUGGAUGAUGUGGAUGCUGAUUCACUAAAAGUUGCGGCCGAGCAUUUAAUCGGUACACUGCAAGAUCCUGCAGCUGUUAUCUUGGGCUCUUGUCCAGAUGAAGGGAAAGUUAGUUUAGUUGCUGCUUUCACUCCUGCAGUGGUUGAUCUGGGUAUACAGGCAGGAAAGUUAAUAGGCCCCAUAGCUAAACUGUGCGGCGGAGGAGGCGGUGGCAAGCCAAAUUUUGCUCAAGCGGGUGGGAGGAAACCCGAGAAUCUGCCGAGCGCCCUUGAAAAGGCGCGGGAAGAUAUCAUCUCGAUUUUAUCUGAAAAAGCAAGCUGAAGUACUUCUAACUUUUAUGAGCAAUAAGUAGGAAGGAAGAUUGUACAGGUAAAUUGACAUUCAUUUUAAAGAUGAAUAGUGUAGAUACUUGAUUUUAUCUA